UUUAUUCUAUCAUUUUUCCUCCCGUCCGUGAAGUGGGACCCUAACCUAACCCAACCGUAUUAUCCAUCUGCAGAUAAAAAAGCAACAUUUUCGCCCAGUUGUCCGCCUACCGAGAACGGAGGCCCCGCGGUUCAAUCAAAAUUGCAGGGGCCUAAAAAUGGAGAAAUGGGCGAAAAAAUAUUCAGCCCUGUUUAUAUGUGUUUGUCUGAUUCGGAGACUGAGUUGGGUUCAGGCACUUGUUAAAGAUGAUGGCGUGGGUCUGUGUUCCCACUUGAUUCUACCAUCGGGUUAUCCCUGCAUUGAACACGCGGUAGUUACAGAGGAUGGUUUUGUGUUAGGAAUUCAACAUAUUCCAUAUGGGAUACAUGAUGAGGGCAUUUUAACAAUUGAUUCAAGACCACCUGUGUUUUUACAACAUGGAUUAUUUCAGGGCGGGGACACUUGGUUUCAGAAUUCAAAAGAACAAUCCCUUGGAUUUAUAUUAGCAGACUCUGGGUUUGAUGUUUGGGUUGGAAAUGUACGUGGUACACGCUGGAGUUAUGGUCAUGUCUCUUUGUCAGAAGACAGCAAGGCCUUCUGGGAUUGGAGUUGGGAAGAAUUGGCAGCUUAUGAUCUUCCAGCUAUGAUUGAAUUUGUAUAUUCUGUAACAGGGUCUAAAGUUUAUUAUGUGGGCCACUCACAGGGUACUAUUAUGGGACUUGCCGCUUUUACUCAGUCUGAGGUUACAAAUAUGAUUGGCGCCGCUGCUCUUUUAAGCCCCAUAUCUUAUUUAGAUCACAUAACUUCCACUUUUGCCCGCACAGCUGUAAAUAUGCACCUUGAUGAGAUGAUGAUUUCAAUGGGAAUUCAUCAAAUCAAUUUUAGAACUAAAGUUGGCCUUCAGUUAGUGGAUUAUGUAUGUGCAUUGGAAGACUCAAAGUGUGGAAACCUGCUUACAUCUAUAACUGGUCCAAAUUGCUGUUUCAACAACUCAAGAGUUGAUUUCUAUCUACAGUAUGAGCCUCAUCCAUCAUCAACAAAAAACUUAAAGCAUCUUUUCCAAAUGAUUCGAAAGGGAACAUUUGAGAAGUUUGACUAUGGACUCUGGGGCAAUAUCAAGCACUAUGGAAGCUUUACACCAAUACCUUAUGAUCUAUCUCGUAUCCCUAAAUCAUUUCCUUUGUGGAUGGCAUAUGGAGGAAAUGAUGCUUUGGCAGAUAUAGUGGAUUUUAACCGCACGCUCUCUGAGUUGAAAUGUGACCCAGAGUUGGUCUAUUUGGAGUCCUAUGGUCAUCUUGAUUUUAUUUACAGUGUACAGGCCAAAGAAGAUUUGUAUGACAGCAUGGUAAAGUUCUUUAGAUCCCAGUCAAGCACUUCAUACACAUAAUCUGAACACAAAGGAACAAAGAUUCAGUCUACACACAUAUCCCUAAACGAUAUUGCAAGGAAGAUUGGAGGCAGAUAAAUUGUCUCAUUGAAUACCAGAAUAACUUUGUAGCAUAAAUUCAUUGGAGUAUUUAUUGUAUAUAAAUAUGCUAAUUGUAUGUAUAUGAACUUAAGGACUGUUUCCGAGUGGUAAAUAAAUUGUAAUUGUAGAUUGGAAGACAGGAAACAAAUGCUUGAUAUGUACCAUGCGUUAUUCCAUUUC